AUGGAUUUAAGAAAAUAUUUACAACGAAAUUAUAAACAACUUACAUGGAAAAAAAGAAUUUUCAUUGCUUUUAAAAUAAUUGAUGCACUUGAUAGAAUUCAUGGAGAGAAUAAAAUCCAUAGAGAUUUACAUUCCAAAAAUAUAUUAUAUGAUCACUAUUUUCAAAAUAUCUGCAUUAGUGAUCUUGGAUUUUGUGGUCCAGCAAGUAGACCACUAAAAAGUAUAUAUGGAAAUCUUCCUUAUAUAGCACCAGAGGUUAUUAUUGAAGGAGAAUAUACUUUUAAAUCCGAUGUUUAUAGUGUCGCAAUGCUUAUGUGGGAAAUUUCAUCAAGUCAACCACCGUUUAUUAAUUAUGAACAUAAUUACGAUCUUGCAAUGAAUAUAGUUAAUGGUAUUAGACCAAAGAUUGUACCAGGAACACCUUUAGAAUAUAAAAAUUUAAUAGAACAAUGUUGGGAUUCGGAUCCAUUAAAAAGACCUGACAUUAUAACUCUUUGGAGUGAAAUAAAAAAAAUUAAUGUUUCAUAUCAAAAUACAUCAAAUAAAUUAGCAACAAAUAACUUCUUCAGAAUAAAUAGAACAAAUAGCUUAAAAUCAAAAGAAUUAAGUUAUACAAGUAGUGAAUUGUAUACGAGUAAACUUCAUCAGUUUGAAAAUUUACCAGAACCAAGAAAUGCAACAGAAGAAGAACUAGAAGCAUUUCACAGUAAACCAUAUGAUUUUGAAAUCCCUGAUAAUAUCGAAGAUUUUAGUAAAUAGUCAGACUUCAAAAAGUAGCUCCAAAGUAUUUAACAUUGACAAGCUUCAAAGCAUGUAGAUAAUGGCAAAUUUUUAUUCAAGAAUAAGAAAACCGAAUUUAAUCACUAUUUAAUCGCUUUUUUACAUAAUUAUUUAUUAGAUAAGAAAGAAUUACUAUAAAUUAAAAUUAAAUAUCGCAACAUAUAAUUAUUUAGAUACAAAGAAUUAGCAUUGCAACAUAAUACGAAAAAAAUUAUAAAUUCAAAUUAUUAUUUAUCAGUUUUUUAUAAUUUAUUUAUUC